UCUGCUUGCUUGGAGGUCAUCAAUGAUUACUAAUGUAAACAGGCAUGCAUGCAUUUCAAAAUUGUACUUAAUUUCAUAAUUUUCAUAAAAUUCACAAGUUUACUUUAUGUAAGUUGACUUUAUUGUCCCAUGAAAUUUCGUAGUGCUCGAGUAAUGCAGAAAUAAUUAUACGAAUCUAGUUACUACUUACAAUUUGCCCAAUUCAGGUCGCUUCUCACGCCAUUAAAGAAAAAAACUGGUCAAGUUAAACGUGCGUACUAAUUAAUAAUUAAAUGGAGCCAAACGAAUACCUUCAUAAAUGUCCGCACUGCUCGAAAACCUGUCGAACGAAAGAUUCCCUUCGCAAACAUGCCGUCACACACGACCCAAAUGCCAAGCGGAAAUGUGAAAUUUGUAGAAAGGUGCUGAAAAAUCCUGAAAUCCUGCGCGUCCAUAUGGCCACUUUGCACGGAAGUCGGGCCCGCCCAGCCUGUCACAUUUGCCACAAGACAUUUUCGAACAAAAACUAUUUGCCAAUACACACUAAAACUUUUCACACAUCGCGAGAAAGACAAAUAUUUCCAUGUACAUUUCCAGCUUGUGGAAGAACAUAUCUUUCCGAGCGGACACUUUUGAGACACGUAAGAAGCGAGCAUACCGAAAAUCCGGUCAGAUUUCCGUGCACCCUGUGCGAAAAGGAAUUGAAGUCAAGAACACAUCUUGCCCGACAUAUUGCGACCCACACGACGGAGAAAUGCUACAAGUGCCCAACUUGUGGGAGGACUGUUGCCACGAAGGAGAAUUUGAAAAAGCACGAGGCAUCCCAUGAAAAUCGCGCAACCCGGAAAUUUUUUUGCUGCAAUCAGUGCCCUCGAACUUUCUUAAAAAAGCUGAACUGGGACCGUCACAUCCGAGCUGUGCAUAACCACGAAAAUCUCAAGAAUUAUACUUGUACCCUAUGUGAGAAGAAAUUCGUGUCAUCCUCAAAUUUGAAACACCACUUUGAAAUCAAGCACAACAUAGAUAAAGUAAAAAAGCAUUCCUGUUGGAAAUGCGAGUACAGGAGCCACUCAAGAGCCCAUUUGGCCAGACAUAUGAAAAGUCGUCACAAUGAGAAGAAUAAUCUUGAGUGUUACUUCUGCCAAAGGAAGAUCACCACUUUUCAAGAAUUGGUCCGUCACUUGGGUAGAAAUCAUACUAUGGAAAACUAA